AAGGCGGGGCGGAGGCGGGGAGGAGGCACCGGGCCGCAGACGCCUAAGGUAGCUGACAGAACCGCAGCGGCUCACCCCUCCCUUUCUCGGAACGUGGUUGGGCAUCUGCCGCUGGCACACGCCGCUACAAGAGGGCUCGGGGCGGGAGAUGACGGCGGUGUGCUCGCUGCUUGGCCCUCUGCGAGCACCGGCUUCCUUCUCCUUGCAGCCGGAGCUGCAGACCUAGUAGGGCUUCCUCAUCCUCCACCAAAAGUCACAUUCAGCUUGGAGAAGUGACUGCUAGGUGCCGGCUAUGAUUAGACUGUAAGGACUCUGCUUGAAGUAGAUACUGAUGUAGGCACCUCGCAGAUGAUAGAGCGAAGCACGAAAACAGGUCAGUUUGGAAGUGGAGGGGGAGAGAAAAAUGGAUUCUUAUUUCUCAGUGAAGAACUCGACGCUUGCUGGUAAUAUGAAUGAGACUUUGCCUGCCUCUCAUGGAUUUAAUGCCACCGGCGACCCACCUUCAAUGUCAAUAACUCGGCUCUUCCCGGCCUUAUUGGAGUGCUUUGGCAUAGUCCUUUGUGGCUACAUAGCGGGAAGGGCCAAUAUCAUAACCUCAACACAAGCCAAGGGACUGGGGAAUUUCGUCUCCAGAUUUGCCCUUCCAGCUCUAUUAUUCAAAAACAUGGUUGUGCUUAACUUCUCCAAUGUGGACUGGGCCUUUCUCUACAGUGUCUUAAUCGGCAAAGCCUCCGUGUUUUUCAUUGUAUGUGUAUUAACCUUACUGGUGGCCAGUCCUGAGAGCCGGUUUAGCAGAGCGGGACUAUUCCCUAUUUUUGCUACACAGAGUAAUGACUUUGCUUUGGGAUACCCUAUAGUUGAAGCUCUGUACCAAUCUACAUAUCCAGAGUAUCUGCAGUACAUUUAUUUGGUGGCACCAAUAUCUCUUAUGAUGUUAAACCCUAUAGGGUUUAUCUUCUGUGAAAUCCAGAAGUCAAAAGACACUCAAAAUGCUUCUCAAAAUAAAGCAAAAAUUGUGGGCCUUGGAUUUCUACGUGUGUUACAGAACCCAAUAGUAUUUAUGGUCUUUGUUGGCAUUGCCUUCAAUUUUAUUCUUGAUAAAAAGAUCCCAGUAUAUAUGGAAAACUUUCUGGAUGGGCUUGCAAACUCCUUCUCUGGAUCAGCCCUGUUUUAUCUUGGUCUGACCAUGGUAGGAAAAAUCAGGCGACUGAAGAAGUCGGCGUUUGUGGUUCUUACUCUUCUCAUCACAGCUAAACUCCUGGUGCUGCCCCUUCUAUGCAGAGAAAUGGUGGAACUCCUGGACAAGGGGAACAGCGUAGUGAACCACACAAGUCUGUCCAACUAUGCGUUUCUAUACGGUGUCUUCCCUGUGGCUCCGGGAGUGGCUAUCUUUGCUACACAGUUCAACAUGGAAGUAGAGAUUAUAACCUCAGGAAUGGUAAUAAGUACAUUUGUGUCUGCUCCAAUCAUGUAUGUCUCUGCCUGGCUAUUAACCUUCCCCACCAUGGAUGCUAAGCCACUGGCAUAUGCCAUUCAGAGUGUUAGCUUUGAUAUAAGUAUUAUCAGCCUGGUCUCCUUGAUCUGGUCCCUGUCUGUUCUUCUCUUGAGUAAGAAAUAUAAGCAGCUCCCUCAUAUGCUCACAGUGAAUUUACUCAUCGCUCAGACUAUUGUUUGUGCUGGAAUGAUGAUAUGGAAUUUUGUUAAGGAAAAAAAUUUUGUUGGACAAAUUUUGGUGUUUGUUUUAUUGUACAGCUCUCUGUACAGCACCUAUCUAUGGACAGGCCUUCUAGCAGUUUCUUUGUUUCUCUUGAAGAAGCGCGAGAGCGUUCAGCUCCCGGUGGGAAUCAUCAUCAUAUCUGGCUGGGGGAUCCCUGCUCUCCUCGUGGGCGUGCUUCUGAUAACUGGAAAACACAACGGAGACAGCAUCGACUCGGCCUUCUUUUAUGGAAGAGAGCAGAUGAUCACCACGGCAGUCACCCUGUUCUGCAGCAUUCUCAUAGCUGGGGUGUCACUCAUGUGCAUGAACCGCACCACCCAAGCUGGUCACUACGAAGGUUUCGGCCAACCUCAGAACCACAAACCAGUAGAGCCUGGAAGCACUGCAUUUGAGGAGAACCCAGCACCAACAAAUGAACCAGAACUCUUCUCAAGGUCUAUCCCAGAAACAAGUUGCUGUUCUUGCUCCUUGGGAAAUGGUGAAUUACGCUGUCCAUCAAUAGAGCCAGUAAGGAACUCAAGUGCUAGUGGGCCUAUGCCUUCUUCCUUUGAGAAAACUGACCACUGUGUGAGCCGCUGCGACUCCCAGAGCUGCAUCCUCGCCCAGGAAGAAGAGCAGUACCUGCAGAGUGGAGACCCACAGCUGACCCGGCAUGUCCUCUUGUGCUUGCUUCUCAUCAUCGGCCUCUUCGCUAAUCUCUCUAGCUGUCUGUGGUGGCUGUUCAACCACGAGACGGGACGGCUCUAUGUUGAAUUACAGUUUUUCUGUGCUGUGUUUAACUUUGGCCAGGGAUUUAUUUCCUUUGGAAUCUUUGGGCUGGACAAGCAUCUAAUCAUCCUACCUUUCAAAAGAAGGCUUGAAUUCCUGUGGAACAACAAAGAAGCAGCAGCAGACCGAGAAUCCCCGGUUUCUGAGGAAAUAAAAAUGACCUGUCAACAGUUUGUGCAUUAUCACCGCGACCUGUGCAUCCGAAACAUCGUCAGAGAAAGAAGGUGUGGUGCCAAGACUUCUGCCGGGACCUUCUGUGGCUGUGACCUAGUGAACUGGCUCAUUGAAGUCGGCCUUGCUUCUGACCGAGGUGAAGCUGUGAUCUACGGAGACAGACUGGUGCAAGGGGGUGUCAUUCAGCACAUCACCAAUGAAUAUGAGUUUCGGGACGAGUAUCUGUUUUACCGAUUUCUUCAGAAGAGUCCUGAGCAGAGCCCUCCUGCUGGUACUCUAAGAGACCACCAGGAAGAAAGCUAUAAAGAAAUCGGUCAGUCAUCUCCACCCUCAGUCUCGCCUAAGACUUAAGUUCCAGAGAGAGCCCCACAGGAAUCAUACCCUAUAGCCUCCUAUCUGAUCCUUUUAGCUGUGUGACCUUGGGCAAGUCAUCUCUUCUGUAAAAUGACAAAGGCAUUCCUACCCUGUACUGACAUGCUAUAACUUUAUGUGUAUAUAAAGAACAUAGGAAACUGAUAAGAGAAACCAUGAAGUUAAAAGGUAUGAUAACAAAUACAAUACUUGAUAUAGAUACCACUAUUGUCACAAUAUUUUAAAAUCAUUUCUUUCUGAAACUGUUUAUUAUAAUUACAAAGUCAGCAUCCAACUGGCUGUAAUUUUAAAUUGCCAAAUUUGGCAGGUUUGCUGCUCUCAAAAUGAACCUUAAGACAUUACAUUUAUCAAUAACACUUCCCCCAACAGAUUUUAUUUAUUCUAGUAAAAGGUUUUAUUUUCUUUCCCACUUCUUUGACAUAUACUACCCAUUCAAAAAUUACAACUACUGUUCUGUUUUUGAGACAAGGUCUCAUGUAGUCCAGGCUGGCCUAUGUAGCCAAGGAUGGCCUUUAACUCCUGAUCU